AUGGACCCCGUGAUCUACCGUUGGCUCUCUGAUUGUUUGGCGCCGAAACGAGCGACACUGGAAGAAGCGACCAUCGCACCGUAUUCAUCUUACACUUUCCAUUCCAAACAUUCUUUUCAGGAAGAGCGCGAACAGGCACUGCGAGAUUACAAAGUGACAAUUGAGUACAAGCAUUUGAAAUCCCACGCACCAGGAGGGGUCUAUCUCAUUCCCGCUCUCCACGAUCUGCGACACUUCUACGGUAUUAUUUUCGUGCGACGCGGGCCCUUCACUAAUGGUAUUUUUAAGUUCGAGCUUACGCUAUCCCCUGAAUACAACGAUAACAAUCAACAUCCUCGUAUCGCCUUUUCCUCCAGCGUGUACAAUCCUCACGUACACUACGAAAGCGGAGAACUAGAUAUCAAGUCAGCGUAUCCCAGAUGGGAUCCUUCACGCCAUUAUCUUGUUACGGUGUUGACGUUUUUGAAAAAGAUUUUUUACGCCAAGUCGUUCGAAGACGCGAAGGCAAACGCGGAAGCCCGUGAACUAGCAACCAAGUAUCCGGCAGAGUUUCGUCAGAAGGUAGAUGCCUGCGUCCUUGCGUCCCAAAAGCAAGUCUUUCAGAACGACGAAACAUCGACUGCUCAAUUUUCGGAAGAAGAGCUAAGUCAUCGGGUCUUGCUGGAUUUACUGAAGCAAAAUAUUAAGGAUCCCACAGCGGCAUCGAAGCAAGUUAUUCUCUCUAUGAUCGAAAAGGCUAGUAACGUAUAA